UAAAAAUAAUAAAAAUCUCAUUUUCCGCUGCGUAAAUAUAAAUUCUUCCACAAACCACAAAUCCCAACUUUUCUUGAAAGAGUCUCCGCUCUGCACACACAACCACCGCCGCCGCCACCACCACCACCACCACCGUAAUACUAAAACAUGUGAAAAUUAUAAAUGAAAAAUUAAAUUAAAGAUUCUUCUUUCUUCCGUCUCUUCAAUAAUAAUUACCCAAAAAAAGAAACAGUAAUAAAGAUGCCUGCUUGGUGGAGUAAAAAGUCAUCAAAGACCAAAGAAGCCGACGCUAGAAGUAUUGAUUUUAUUGUUAAGAAGAAGAAGAGCAGCUUUGAUGAGCGUUCGCCCCGUGCCAGUAAAGAAUUUUCUCCUCCUCUUACAGCUGCUGGUGGGUCAUCUGGGUUCUCGGGUUUUGAAUCCGAUUCAGCUGUGGGUCUUCCGCUACCUACCCCAUCCGGGUCUGGGAGUGUGACAGUGCUGGAUUUGGGAUCUGGGUCUGCUUCUGGGAGUUCGGUUUCGAGUGUUAGCUCUUCUGGGUCUUCUGUUGCUGAGGAUCAUCCCGUUUCAGCUGAUCAUCGCACUAAUAUUAAUCAACUCUUUAAUGGGUACAGGUCAGCUGUUGAUCACAGAGGAAAUGGGGAUAUAAGGUUCAAUACAGGUUCAAGAAGCCCGGGACCAAGGUCAAGAAGUCCGUGUCCCGGGUCAAGAAGCCCGCGUCCUGGAUCUAAAAGUCCCGGUCCUGCUUCGAGAGGAGCAUCACCCAUUCAUCCAUCAUUGCUUGGAGGGAUCAAUCUUGACUCUCCAACUGGUAGGAUUGAAGAUGGGAAGAAUCAAGGCCAUCCAUUGCCUCUUCCGCCGGGCUCUCCUACUAGUCCUUCGUCCUUGCCUUGUAGUAGAACUCCUGUUGUAACUGAAAACGCGAGUGUUCCGGUAUCUAGAUGGAAGAAAGGAAAGCUAUUAGGCAGGGGAACUUUUGGACAUGUUUACCUUGGAUUUAACAGUCAUGGAGGGGACAUGUGUGCAAUAAAAGAAGUCAGAGUUGUAUCCGAUGAUUCGUCAUCUAAAGAAUGUCUUAAGCAACUCAACCAGGAAAUCAAUUUGCUUAGUCAGCUCCAACAUCCAAAUAUUGUCCGUUAUUAUGGCAGCGAACUGAGUGAAGAAACACUUUCAGUUUAUUUAGAGUAUGUCUCUGGUGGCUCAAUACACAAAUUACUUCAAGAGUACGGCGCGUUUAAGGAACCAGUUAUUCAAAAUUAUACUAGGCAGAUUCUUUCUGGACUUGCUUUUUUACACGGAAGAAAUACAGUACAUAGGGAUAUCAAAGGGGCUAAUAUUUUGGUAGACCCUCAUGGUGAAAUCAAGUUGGCUGACUUUGGCAUGGCUAAACAUAUUACGUCUUGUACUUCAAUGCUUUCCUUCAAGGGAAGUCCUUAUUGGAUGGCACCUGAGGUUGUUAUGAAUACAAAUGGCUAUAGUCUAGCUGUGGAUAUAUGGAGCUUGGGAUGUACAAUUCUUGAAAUGGCAACAUCAAAACCACCCUGGAGCCAGUAUGAAGGGGUUGCUGCUAUUUUUAAAAUUGGAAAUAGUAGAGAUAUGCCAGAUAUGCCCGAUCACCUAUCAAAUGAAGCAAAAAGGUUUAUAAAGCUGUGCUUACAGCGGGAUCCAUCAGCACGCCCUACAGCUUCACAAUUGUUGGACCACGCUUUUAUUCGGGAUCAAGCAACAACAAGAUCUGCCAACAUCAACAUUACCAGGGAUGCUUUCCCAUUUACUUUUGAUGGAAGCCGCACACCGCCAGUGUUGGAUCUUCACUCUAACAGAACAAGUGUGCCUCUGUCUGAUGGAGAUUUUGCGAUAAGACCAAUGGUCUCUAAUGUCAGAGGUUUAAAGAACACGAGAGAUGACAUGAGAAUGAUCACAUCUUUACCAGGAUCCCCUUGCUCUAGUCCGUUAAGACAGUCCGGGCCAGCGCACAAGAGCUGUUUCCUUUCGCCUCCUCAUCCGACAUACGCAGCGAUGGGGCAAAGCAGUUACAACUUAAGCGAUUAUUCAUUAUAUCCCACGAGAUCGAGCACAUAUUACAGUCAUGAUGCGGGCUUGGAAUCCUCAUUUCUAAGAGGCCAAACACCAGGGACAUCACCAAGAACAAGACUCAUUUGAUUAGAGUGUAAAUAUGAAGAGCUCAGAAUGCACUACAUAGAAAUUGAAUGGGCAGUGUAUGAGAUUGUUGUUGUAAAUGGGCAGUGUCAACUGUGAGUUGUAAUGCAGUAAAUUGUACGAAUGGGUGUAGGUAGAUAAAUGAAAAUAUGUGCAUGAAUACAUUCGUUUGGCA